AUGGAUUUCAUCAAGAAUGCUGUUUCCAGCGCCACCGGCGACAAGGAGCACAAGACUACCGAGAACAACACUAACCAGCAGAAAGACGACUACGGUGACAAAGUCUUCGCUGCCGGUGUCAAGAAGUCUGGCUACAACAUCGACCGUAGCACCCAGGAGAAGAUCACCGACGGUGCCCGUGAAGCCUUCGAGAAGGUCACUGGCAAGCAAGUCAGCGACAAGUUCUCUAACUAG